GAAGAGCUAUUAUAUCUUUUAAUCAAAAAAUCUAAAUCCAAUUCAACCCUUUACAUUAAUUCAUACUAUACAUUAUACUCUUUGUUCAUUAAAUCCUCCAUAACCAUGCUCAAUUUGUUCCUAUUCCUUUUCAUCAUCUUCCCCCAAUUUCAACUCGCAAUCACCUCUCAUUGUAUUACAACAACAAGCACCAAAACCUUUGAAAAAUGCAUGACAUUUCCCACACAACAAGCCUCACUUGCAUGGACGUACCAUGCACAUAGUGCUACCCUUCAUUUAGCCUUCUUUGGUACCUUCAUUUCUCCAUCCGGAUGGGUGGGUUUUGGGAUCAAUCCUUCCUCCGCAGAGAUGACAGGAACUCGGGCCUUAAUCGCCUUUCCGGAUCCCAAUUCGGGCCAAUUAGUCCUACUUCCAUAUAUAUUAGACCCAACCGUUAAACUCCAAAAAUCUCCAUUAUUAUCUCGUCCUCUUGAUAUUCACCUUUUUUCAUCAUCUGCAACAAUGUAUGGUGGAAAAUUGGCCACUAUUCAUGAUGGUGCACAAGUUGAGAUACAUACCUCAAUUAGGCUUUCUCCUAAUAAAACAAAAAUCCAUUGUGUAUGGAAUCGUGGGCUAUAUGUUCAAGGAUAUUCGCCUACGAUUCAUCCAACUACGAUCAGUGAUUUGUUGUCUGCUACCACAAUAGACCUUUUGUCUGGCAUGGCACGACACGAAAAUAAUUUAAACACGUUAAAAAUUGUACAUGGAGUUAUAAACGCGGUCUCUUGGGGAAUUAUGCUACCAAUUGGUAUUGUUACAUCGCGUUACCUAAGGCACAUUGAAGCCCUAGGCCCAACAUGGUUCUACGUGCAUGCAUGCAUGCAACUAACCGGAUUUGUCUUAGGAGGGAUCGGAUUUGCGAUUGGUAUUAGAAUCGGUGAAUUAUCACCGGGGAAAGUGUAUAGCUUGCACCGGAAGUUAGGGUUUAUCGUGGUAUGCUUAGGAAGUCUUCAAACACUUGCAUUAUUUUUUAGGCCUAAGACAACAAAUAAGUAUAGAAAAUAUUGGAAGUCAUACCACCAUUUUGUAGGGUAUGCUUGUGUUGUUAUAGGUGUUGUGAAUGUUUUUCAAGGGUUUGAAGCAAUAGAAGCUAGUAGAUCUUAUGCUAAAUUGGCUUAUUGUUUAUGCCUAUCUUCAUUGAUUGGGGUAUGUAUAGCGUUGGAGGUUAAUAGUUGGGUUAUAUUUUGUAGAAAAGCUGAGGAGGAGAAAUUGAGAAGGGAAGGUGUUCUUGCUAGUUCUGAUAAGGCUAGUGCAAGUUUCAAUUGAUUUUAAUUAAUGGACUAAAUUUUAUUUGUUUUGAUGUAGAAGAAUCGUUCUUGUUUGGGUUUUUGAUUAGCUUUUACCAUUAUUCUUUAUUAUGGACAACUAAACUGUCCCCUUCAAUCUCCAUGAUGUGCAUUUUUUAUAGGACUAUUUAAAGGCAGAACAAAAAUUGACAAAUAUUUAGAAGAUUACGUGCGAUUUGAUAUUUGAGGACCCCAAAUUGUCAAAAUGCUAAAACCUUGGACCGCGUUUUUUGUCUUAAAAUACUUAAGUAUAGGUGCUCUUUUGGGUUAUCAAGUCGAUUUUGAGCCGGGUGUUGCAAGACGGUUUGAAGUCAGGUAUUGUGUCCAUGCAAUGUUGCUUUUUACAUAAUUAUAAAUCAAUUUUGCAGUCAAUUCAAAUUGGGUUUGGUUACUAGGUUGGAUAACUAUCGUGUUAUCGAAUCUGUUCUAAAUAAUAUAUUAUUUUAAAACAUAAGUUCCUUAUUUUC